GCUCUCUUCGUGCGUGCGGGGCGGCUCAGGCCAGUGUGCGCCUGAGCUGGCGCGGGCUCCGGGAAGCUCCGGGCUGAGGCGGGCGGGGCCGGGUUCCGCCGGGGCUGAGCAUCGCGGGGCGUAAAAGAAAAGAUGUUUUCCCGAUUAAGAGCAGUUGCUACUCCUUGUACUGUGGCACGCCGUCAUUUGCACACGAAAGAGAAAGGCAAGCCACUCAUGUUGAAUCCAAGAACAAACAAGGGAAUGGCUUUUACAUUACAGGAACGACAAAUGCUUGGUCUUCAAGGACUUUUACCUCCCAAAAUAGAGACACAAGAUAUUCAAGCCUUACGAUUUCAUAAAAACUUGAAAAAAAUGACCAGCCCUUUGGAAAAAUACAUCUAUAUCAUGGGAAUACAAGAAAGAAAUGAGAAACUGUUUUAUAGAAUACUACAAGAUGAUAUUGAAAGUCUAAUGCCGAUUGUAUACACACCAACAGUUGGUCUUGCUUGUUCCCAGUAUGGACACAUCUUUAGAAGACCUAAGGGAUUAUUUAUUUCAAUCUCAGACAGAGGUCAUGUUAGAUCAAUUGUGGAUAACUGGCCAGAAAAUCAUGUUAAGGCUGUUGUGGUGACUGAUGGGGAAAGAAUUCUGGGUCUUGGAGAUUUGGGUGUCUACGGAAUGGGAAUCCCAGUAGGAAAGCUUUGUUUAUAUACAGCUUGUGCAGGAAUACGGCCUGAUAGAUGCCUGCCUGUCUGUAUUGAUGUUGGAACUGACAAUCAAGCACUCUUAAAAGAUCCAUUUUACAUGGGCUUGUAUCAGGAAAGAGAUCGCUCACAACAUUAUGAUGAUCUGAUUGAUGAGUUUAUGAAAGCAAUUACUGACAGAUAUGGCCGGAACACACUUAUUCAGUUUGAAGACUUUGGAAAUCAUAAUGCAUUCAGGUUCUUGAGAAAAUAUAGAGAAAAAUAUUGUACCUUCAAUGAUGACAUCCAAGGGACAGCUGCAGUAGCUCUAGCAGGUCUUCUUGCAGCCCAAAAAGUUACCAGUAAACCGAUCUCAGACCACAAAAUCUUAUUUCUUGGAGCAGGCGAGGCUGCCCUUGGAAUUGCAAAUCUUAUAGUUAUGUCUAUGGUAGAAAAUGGACUCUCAGAAGAAGAGGCACAAAAGAAAAUCUGGAUGUUUGACAAGUAUGGUUUAUUAGUAAAGGGUCGGGAUGCUACAAUAGAUAGUCAUCAGGAACCAUUUGUACACCCGGCCCCAGAGAGCAUACCUAAUACUUUUGAAGAUGCAGUAAAUAUACUUAAGCCUUCAGCUAUAAUUGGAGUUGCAGGUGCUGGCCGGCUUUUUACUCCUGCGGUAAUCAAAUCCAUGGCCAGUAUCAAUGAACGGCCUAUAAUAUUUGCAUUAAGUAAUCCAACAGCACAAGCUGAGUGCACACCUGAGGAAGCAUACACACUUACGGAGGGGAAGUGUUUGUUUGCCAGUGGCAGUCCAUUUGGGCCAGUGAAACUCCAAGAUGGGCGAGUCUUCACACCAGGUCAAGGAAACAAUGUAUAUAUUUUUCCAGGUGUGGCUUUAGCUGUUAUUCUCUGUCACACCCGACAUAUCAGUGACAAUGUUUUCCUUGAAGCUGCAAAGGCACUGACAAGUCAGUUGACAGAUGAAGAGUUAGCCCAAGGGAGACUUUACCCACCACUUGCGAAUAUUCAGGAAGUUUCAAUUAACAUUGCUAUUAAAGUUACAGAAUACUUAUAUGCUAACAAAAUGGCUUUUCGAUACCCAGAACCUGAAGACAAGGCCAAGUAUGUUAAAGAAAGAAUCUGGCGAAGUGAAUAUGAUUCCCUGCUGCCAGAUAUGUAUGAAUGGCCAGAAUCUGCAUCAAGACCUCCUCCAAUAAUAGAAUAGAGGCAUCCCACUGAUAAACACUUUCCAUACA